AUGUUUGACAGUAGAUCUCGUUUGUUUGUUUCAUCUGAUGUUUGUUGUAUUGAAGAUUCUGAUUAUAUAUCAUUUGACAUUAAAUCUUUUAAUUUUUCUUCUUUUGACUCUUCAGUUGCUGAGUUUUUUGAUAUGUCUGUUGAUAAUGUUUCUAUUUCCGAUGCUUUCUUGUCAGUGAAUGAUAUUAUCGACAAGUCGAAAAUCAGUGACGAUAUUUUAAAUGAAUACGAUGAUGAGAAUUUAGAAUCUUUCUAUUCUGGUGAUAAUUUUGAUAGACAAUGUAGUGUCUUUCGUGAUUAUGAAUUUUCAAACUUUUUUCAUAAAAUAUGGAUAGUUAGACUUUUUAAGUGUUGCCGUUUACUGUCCACUUAUUAUCGUGAUCUCUUUGAUUCAUAUUUUCAAUUAAAUCGCCUAUGCAUUGAAUAUUUUCCACGUUAA